UUAAAUUCAAACAUAAAAAAUCUAGAUUUAUCUUCGAAUUCCCUAACUGGCCCAAUCGAUUACUCAUGGUGUUAUAUAGAUGUAAAUUUUUUUGGUAAUACACUUUUGAAUGGGGCCCUUCCAACAUGUAUGAAUUGUUAUCCAGAUUUCAAAACAAAGUUAGGCACUUCUUUUUCGAAUCUAAAUGACAAAUGCACAUCUAUUAUACCAAACCUCAGGGUGGAUACCGCUUCUAAAAAAUUAAGUCUUUUUGGGCGUGAUAUUGGGUUUAGCGGCUUCUCUACCAAACCAUUCUCAACAACAGUUUCAAUUGGUUCUGCAUCUUGGGUAGCUGACGUCACCAACGAAUUAUUCACUUAUACAGGUUAUUCUACCUUACCAGGAUUAUUAUAUUUUACAUUUUCAACCAAUCCCACUCAGACCUUUACCCUCUCGACAACUUUAACUCCACCUGUUAUAAAUAGUUUUUCAAUAACACCAGCAUCAUAUAAUCUUCAAUUAUUAGGUUCAUAUUAUUCAUACAAUACAUCAUUAGUUUUAAUAACAAUUGAUGAGAAAGUUUGCCCUGUAUCAUCAUCCGUUUUUGAUCAAAUAAACUGCAUCAUUCCUUCAUCCCUAAAUAUAGAAAAAACCAAUGUUAUUACAAGGGUGUGUGUUAAUUCCCUUUGUACUCAAAUUACAAUAAACCUCAAAGGAAGUGGAACUAUAAAAGCGUGUAGCCCAUUGUGUACUUCACCACAAUACUGCUUAAGUACAACAGGAGCCUGUGUUUGUCCAGACGGAUAUCAGGGUGCUGGAUGUGAUAUUCCAUUUAAAAGCUGUUUAAAUGAUUGUAAUGGUGGUUUAAAAGGUGUUUGCAAUAAUGUUACUGGUGUGUGCACUUGUUCUGAUCCAUUUAAUAUAUCUCCAGAUUAUAAUUUAUAUAUAGGGAAAAAUUGUGAUAUUGCAAACCAUUAUAUUUCAUCAGUAGAGCCAACAACUCAGCUUGGAGGUAUUGUAACAUUAGGUGGAUGGUUUGGUUCAAUCAAUCAAAACAUUACUAUUAUGAUUGGAAGUAACCAAUGCAUGAUCCUAUCAGAAAAAGAUAUUUCACCAACAGAGAUUAAAUGUAGCAUCCCACCCGGAACCGGAAAGCAUUCAAUUAAUAUGACCCAAAAUAAUUUAGCUUGGGUUGGUAAUAACCUGUAUACCUAUUUACCAAUAGUUGUAAAAUGCCCAAAUGAUUGUAAUGGAAAUGGGGAAUGUAUUGAUGGUAUUUGUUUUUGUAAUAAUGAAUAUAUUGGUACAAGCUGUGAUAUUAAAAUUAACAAUAACAGUAAUAACAACAAUAAUAACAAUAAUACAAACAACAACAAUAACAAUAAUAGCAACGAAAUUCCAAAAACAAAUAAUAAUGUUAAUACAUCAACAGGCUCUAUAGAAAUUAAUAAUGAGCAAGAUCAAUACACUGUUGAAAUCAUAUCAAUUAUAGAAUUAGAUAUAGCAGGAACUAAUGUUAGGGAAUACCCACUAGAUAAGAAAUGGUUAUUUAGUAAUAAAACUAAUUCAAUUUAUCAAUUUACACAAUACCUAAAAGACCAAAAUAUUAAUUGUAUAAUUAGCUAUCAAAUUGAAGAGGUCCUUUCAAAUAAAAACUUUUCAUUUGCAGGAAUUAAUUUUAUGGUUCCAAUGGGAGGUCUUAAACUUUCUUUAUCAAUUAAAAACUAUUCGUUUUUAAGCUCCCUAAAUACUCUACAAGUUUUAAUAUCAUCUAGUAUUGGAGAAAAUGAAAAUGUUGGUAAAAACAAAUGUAAUAAUCAAACAACUGUUAUUGAAUCUGAUCAAAAUAAAGAAGAAGAAUUUCAAACAAUGGCCUCAAUUACAAUUUUCAAAAAUGAAAAGGUUUUAAUUGGAAGAUUUAUCAAUAGGGCAAUCGUAGAUAAUGAAAAAACUACAUUAAUUUCAACAUCACUUAAAGAAAAAACCAAUAAUUCAAUUAUUGUAUCUAUCAAUUUACCACACUCUAGAAACUACCUUUUAGAUCCUGAUUUUUCUUUGCUAGUAAAGUCUAAUUUCAUUCAAACCUGUAAUGAAAACAAAAAAAACUGGUUAGUUCCUGUUGCUGUUGUAUUACCAACAAUUGGUGCCGCCACCAUCGGGCUUGGAGCUUUUUUCUUAGUCAAAAAA